CAAAAUAACAAAUAUCUUCCAUCUCUCAGCCCAGAAAAGCAUGGUGUAAUUUGGUACGGGAUUGAUUUACGUCGCCGUUCAUCUCUUCCAGAAGAUCUUUAUACCCGAAUGAGGUACGAAACUACAGCGAUCAAGCAAUAUAAUAUCAGUAAUAGUUACAAGGAGGCGAUCAGGAAUAUAAUUCAAUCAACCAAUCGUAAUCAUAUGCUGGAAUCUAUUGAAGUCUUACGUUCUGCCGAGGGUAGUGCAGUUGAGAAGAAAGCACUAAUUGACUUUUUUAUGUUAUUUGGUGAAGAGAUUUAUGACGAUGUAGGUGAUACUUUGUCUGAAUCUGAGGCAUGCCUCAACAGUAAUUUGAUAAAGCCUUGUUUGCAGGUAUGUUCUCGUAUGCUUCGUAAUAAGAAGUAUGACAUU